AUAAAACAUAUAUUUUUUAAAAUUAGAAUUUAGUCAAGCUUAUGUAAGUUUUUUUAUCACAAAUUAGUAUACUGAUUGGCGGAUGGCAAGAUAAGGGAGUUGGGCAUGUUGGUCAACGUGAUGCUUUUUAUAUGCAUGUUACUCAACGUGACUAGUUCAAUCGAGUGUCUGGUCUUCUCGGACUCCGACAAAGGAGCGUCUUUUUGAAUCUAAACUCUCUGUAACAAACAUUUUUAAUAAAUUGAAGGAACGAAAAAUGCCUAAGAAUUACGUGACAUCCGACGAAAAGGAAUUCAAAAUUCCUCACAUUAACUUGGCCUACAAUCACGAAAUGGACGAGAAGCAAGGUUUAGGGGGAAAUAGUCUACAAACCACCGUAGAACUUGCAUCACAUAACCCGAAGGGAAACUUGACCAAUCAACCAGUGACCUACACUUGGGAAAACAUUGAAGCAGAAGUCGAUGUUGUAGAAGGAAGUUGUCGAAAGAAGACGACCACGCGAAAACGCAUCCUCGAUCAUGUUACGGGAGCUGUACAGCCGGGAGAGUUCCUGGCCAUCAUGGGGGCAAGCGGGGCAGGAAAAACGACACUACUUAAUUGUCUGACGUUCCGCAACACGGGAAAGCUAAAGAUCACCGGGACGAGGUACCUGAACGGCGCACCAGUUAACACGGAUAAGUUAGCGCGAAUUUCAGGAUACGUUCAGCAAGAAGAUCUUUUCAUUGGCACCUUAAAAGUGGGAGAGGUCCUUCGUUUUCAGGCUCUCUUACGAAUGGAUAAACAUUUUACCUACGAGGAAAGAAUGCAAAGAGUUGAAGAAGUUAUUCUAGAAUUAGGAUUAACCAAAUGUCGUAACACACUCAUUGGAAAUCCUGAAAAGGGAAUUAAAGGCAUCUCGGGCGGAGAAAGGAAACGUCUAGCAUUCGCCUGUGAGGUACUUACCAAUCCAUCGUUGAUGUUCUGCGAUGAGCCCACCUCAGGUUUGGACUCUUUUAUGGCUCAGAACAUCGUACAGGCAUUGAAAAAUUUAGCAUCAGCAGGAAAAACUGUUAUUUGCACGAUCCAUCAGCCGUCUUCCGAAGUCUUUGCCAUGUUUGAUCGUAUCUUGUUGAUGGCUGAAGGAAGGACAGCUUUCCUAGGGCCAAUUGAUGAUUGUCUUCAUUUCUUUUCUACUCAAGGAAUGCCAUGCCCGGCCAAUUAUAAUCCAGCUGACUUUUACAUAUUUAGCUUGGCUACUGUGCCGGGCAAGGAGACCGAGUCCCGCCAAAAAAUUAAAUACGUAUGCGAUGCUUACGAAUCUUCUAUAUCUGCGAAACACGUUAAAGAAGUCGUUCAAAGAGAACAUCAAGAGAUCAACCGGAAAGAUCAGGCACAGGGUUCAGCAACAAUGAAAAAAUCACCUUACAAGGCCAAUUUCUUCCAGCAGUUCUCCGCCGUACUUUGGCGCUCCUUCCUCUCGGUCGUCCGUGAUCCUCAGAUUUUGUUAGUGAAGGCAUCUUCUUCUGUCUUCAUCGCUCUUUUGAUUGCCCUCAUCUAUCAAGGACAAACUAUGGAUGCCAGCAGCUCCUUAAAUAUUCAGGGCGUUCUGUUUCUGUUCCUAACCAACGCCACUUUCGAAAAUGUCUUCGCAGUUAUAAAUACUUUUUCAUUCGAAUUGCCGAUAUUCUUACGGGAGCACUUCAACGGCAUGUACCGGACGGACGUCUACUUUUUGUCCAAAACUAUUGCUGAGUUGGGAGUUUACAUCCUCUUCCCGUUCAUCGCCUUCGCAAUUCCAUAUUACAUCAUUGGCUUGAAUCCGGCAGUGGAAAGAUUCUUUAUCGGGGCUGGUAUCGUCAUUCUUGUGACAAACGUCGCCACCUCUUUCGGUUAUUUCGUUUCGUGUGUUGCGUCGACGCCCCAAGUUGCUCUUGCUAUUUCAGCACCCAUGAUUAUUCCUGUACUGCUCUUCGGUGGUUUUUUCCUGCAAAAUGGUUCGGUUCCUGUUUACCUGGACUGGUUGCGUUACCUGUCCUGGUUUAUGUACGGCAAUGAAGCCCUAUCCAUUAACCAGUGGUACGGCGUCGAGUUCAACAACACAGAUUGUCAAUACGUUGGCUAUAACGUCUCUGCAAUCGCUGACCUUCUUCCUGAGGACGCGAGUGGGCCCAUUGUACAACUUGUUGAUAUCAUUACCGGUCUUUACGCAGCUUACGAGAAAAACGUCGCUUGUAGCGGAGAAGAUAUUCUGGCAAUUUACAACUUCAAACCAGAGUAUUUUUACCGUGAUAUAGCCUGCCUAGGAGGCCUCAUUAUCCUAUUCCGCAUGUGUGCAUUUCUUUCACUACUCGGAAAAACCUACAGAAAAUAAUAGAUUGUAUAAUUGCCACAAUAACAAAACUGUUGAAUUGCUUCACGAUAUUGUAUCAGUAAAAUAUUAAUUACAUUUUCAGCUUUA